AUGCUCUGAGUACGAUAAUUUGGCAAGACGGCCAGUGUGGACUCUGUGGAGCUCCUCGCCUUAGUGAUAACAUGAUUUCCGGGUGAAGGAGCCUCGUGCAGCGCCCCAAUUUACCGCAAAGGAGUCCAUUAUUCACUAAACUUUCUAAUUAAACACAGAUAAUGAAGUGACAAGACGCACAACCCUUGGAAUAGCGGUUAAUAAGACGCCAGGUGUGAGGAGGACAGCAUGAGUGGCAACCCCCCCGAGGAGCCCCAGGGCUUCCGACAAAACCUGGUUGAUGAGGCAGCUAAAUUCCUGAUUAAUCCCAAAGUUGCCAGUCAUGCAGAGGACAAAAAAUUAGCCUUUCUAAAGAAGAAAGGACUAAGUGAUGAAGAAAUUUCAUCAGCUUUUGCAAAGGCAAAGGCUUAUGGACCAAUAGAUAAGGUUAGCAAUGUUGCCACAGGUCCAGACUUUUACCCGGGGGCUGUGGUGCCGGCCUACCCCAUGCCAGGGCCUCCCUCGCUGUGGGUCAAGGUCAGAGACAUUGCCAACAUUAUCCUCCUCCUGACAGGAGCAGCAUAUGGUCUUCACUACAUAUUUCAGAGGUACAUUGGUCCAUGGCUGACAGGGAGGCGGCAGAAGACUGUGGAGGAGAGCAUGGUGGAGAUGCAGCAGUCAGUGGUGUCUGUGCUGAAGGAGGUGCAGACCACCUUGGCCUCACUGGAGCAGACCCUCAGCGCACAAAAUAUUCACAUCCAGGCUCUGAACAACAGAGAAGGAAGCCACACCAGUACAAAGCAGUUAGAACAGUUAAGGACUGAAGUAUCUUCUUUAAAAGGACUUCUCAUUAAUAAACGGACAUUUCCAUCCACCCCAAGCCUGGCCCCGUCCAUACCCUCCUGGCAGCGGAACAAGGCCUCAGAGAAGCCUGUGGAGCCAGCUGCUGAGUCUGGUGUCACUCUGCCCAACCAGGUUCAAGCCACGGGAGAAGGAGACUCGUGGACAUCCCCCGACACUCAGGAGGCUGCCAGUAAUGAAGCCCAAGGUGUCAUUGGAGAGGCAGCAGAAACCCUAGGACUGAAGAAUGGGGAGCUGAAUGAAGAUGCCGUUGAAAGAAAGGAGAGUGAGAAUUCAGUAGAAGCACAUGUUGAGCCCUCCAGACCAUAAGAAUAGAACACAGGUACUAGUUUUAGAUUGUAAUUUGUUAACUACUUUCAACAUUUAGCAAACAUAAAAAUUCAUCUCAUUAUGGCAGACUAGUAGAAUAAAUCCACAAAUUAUUAGAAAAGGUUAUUUGCAAUUUCAUUUUCAGCAAAGGAGGAAGUCAAGGGCAAAACAAAACAGAUGGGAAAAACACGGCAUCAGCACUGCUCCCAACAAGCAAACAAAAGAUCUAGAUUGAUGAUUAAAAAAAAGUUGGAGAUGUGUCUUGAUGCUUCUCUCUUUAAAACAUUUGAGUUGUAGGAACUGUUCCAAAUUUUAUCAGUGACAUGUAAGAAAGAAGAUGCUGGUUAACUCUUGCAUAAGGGAUUUAAACAACAUAUGGAUGAGCUAGUUGGGUGCUACAAGACUGCAGGAAUAGAGGGAUGCAACGAGGAUGAAAACAGCAGUAGGUUCUAGAGAGAUUCAACAUCGUGGCAGAAUAUAAGGGGUUGAAGAUGGUCUGUAAGUGAAGGGGAGUUGAUGAGAUGAAAAGCCUUUGACUUUACUGUUCACAAUGUCUGUAUGCAUGGAGCCCUCACGAGAUGCAUACUCCAUAAAGGGUAGCCAAGGCCCUUGUAUGUGGAUAGUGUCCAGGGGAGCCAAAAAAAUUGCUGUAAGUGAUACAAAACACCUAACCUAAAGGAAGCUGAUUUAGCAGGAGAUGAGAUGAAGCUUCCAGUGAAGAUUUGGAGUUAAGGAUAGACCAAGAAUGUUUAAUGUCGAAGUAAGUCUCACAGUAUUAAAAAGUGAAUCUUUAAGAAAAAAUGUACAUCAUUCACUUUUAUAUAAAUGUUUUAUCGUAUGAAAAAGGUAUAUAAAAGCACGUGACUAUGUUUUUAGUCUGGCAUGAUUUGGAAAAAUUUUCUUAAUAAAUUUCUACUUAUCAGAUGGUAGACAUAACAUAAUGCAGAGAGGAAAAUGUAAAAGUGACUAUCAAUUUGAAGGAGAAAAACGCUUGUGAAAAAUAAGCAGUUUUGUUUGCAAGGGUGAUCUGCAGAUCUAGACAGUCCUUGAAGUAUUCUCCAUUUCCUUCCUCUGGCAAGUUUCUCAUUUUCCUUUUAUUGAGUGUUAUUCCUCUUGUCCAGUCUUUCCAGGUACCUUUGCAUGGCCAUGGUUGGUGCAGUCCCUAGGAUGUUGAUCAAACUACUUUCGACAUUAUAGUUGCUAACAGCUGUUGCUGUGGCACAGUCGGCCAACAUCCUUAAGGCAUUUUUCACUUGUUUUUUGGGCAUGUGUUCCAAAGUGUUGAGUUUCCUUGGACUUAGUCAUGAGGUUCCUUGCUUUUGGCCCUGAUCUUGGUUUAACAGCCAGGUCUUUGUAUUGGCAACUCCUGUAAUGGAAAAACAAGGAACACAAACAGUACCUGGUAUGGUGUCAUUAUGUACACCUUGCGUAGCACAUUGUCUUUGAGGAAUCUUACACAGCAGCAGUAAUUUUUACAGUUGUCCCCAUGCAGCCCUGUCACCAAGUCCAAGAGAACUCACCUAAUUAGCAUGUUAGGGAUUCAACAAUACUGGUUCAAGUUGUAAAAUAUUAAGCUCCUUAAAUAUAGGAUGCUAAAACAGAUUUGAUUGUGAGAUUAUUAUUUUGAUACAGAAAUUUACUUUAGUUUUUUAUCCUUGUGACCCAGCUGAGAUGUUUGAUAUUUUAAAUACUUUUAACACUUCAUCGAUGAGAAUUAAUAUGCUUAUUGCAGUAAGCUUGUCGACAAUUAGUAGCAUUUCUGCUACUGAAAAUGUGAUUAGUUUAGUUAGAGAUAGGCAGUUAGGAUGAAAGAGAUAGGCUAAUUCUUAUCUUAGUAGAAUAGCUACCAGCAUUGAAAUAUGUAAUAGUUCCUUUCCAUCAAAAGACUAAGUCAGCGAUUGACCCGCCUCAAGGAUCAUCUCAAGUCAAUAAUGAGCUAUCCAGGAAUGGUAGUUCCUUAUUUAGAUUGUAAUCAUCUAAGAUGUAAUGUGCAUCAAUAAGUUGCCAAAAUGUACUAAUUAUGAUACAUGGGAUAUCAAUAUGUUUCACAGCACUUUGGGUGCAGGAAUUCAAUUAUUAACAUCCUUGUAUGUACUAAGAAUAAAAAUGCACACAGUAUA